AAAAUGUGAGACAUCAACCUUGAACUACUAUCAUAGGGGAAUCACAGCACGCGCGUGAUCGAUUCUUCAAGUGUCUGGAUUUGAAUUUUCCUUACCUAUCAGCAAAAGUUGUGAAAGGCAUGCACUGUACUUCCUCGCAGGUCAUAUUGAGUGAGAAGAAAAAUUGAAAAUUUUUCAACAUGACGCAUCGAUAUUAUUAUUAUUAUCAGAGAAUUUUCAAUAUGCAAAGAAGAUUUCUGAAUGAAAAUCGAUUAAAUGAGAAAUUUAUUCAAAGUGAAAAAAGAAUGAAGGAACAAUUGGAAAUAGAAAAAGUCAUUUUAAAAAACACGGAAAUCACACAAGCCCAUUUGACACCUGAAUUAAAAUUGCACCUGUUGACAACGAACUGUCCUCUAUACCAUGCAACAACUGAAACAACCCAAUCAACAAAUGCAAAUAGUGCCAUGGAAAAAAUAUUCUUUCAAGAUCCAUUUUGGUCCAUAUACUGGCCGGGAGGACAAGUUUUAACGAGAUUCAUUUUAGAUAAGGGAAUAAAACUUUUGUCCAAUGACAAUAACGACAAAUCCAACUUGCGCGUUUUAGAUCUUGGUAGCGGAUGUGGAGCUUCAGCUAUUGCCGCAAAACUUGUCGGAGCUCGACAAGUUCUUGCAAACGACAUCGACCCAGUCGCCUGCGUAGCGAUACUAAUGAACGCCAAAUUGAACAACGUGGACCUACGAGUUUCCAAGGAAAACCUAAUUGAGAGAAAACUAAACGAGCAGCUCUUCAAUGUAAUUCUCAUAGGAGACUUGUUGUACGACGAGAAAAUUGCCGAGAAACUCAUUCCGUGGCUCGAAAGGUCAUUGAAAGUUGGAUCACAAAUUUAUUUAGGAGAUCCAGGAAGACAUCCUCUCACGGAAGAUUUAAAGAAAAGAAUGUCACCAAUUUGUAAAUACGCUCUACCAGAAAAUGUCAAAAGGGAAAAUUAUGGAUUCGACACAGCCACCGUUUGGCGUUUCAUUUCGUGAUAAUUGAAAAAAAAAAAAUGAAAAAAAAAAAAAAUGAAAAAAAAAAAUUUUUUCCAUGUCAAAAUUCAUAUGACGAUCUCUAUUCAUAGAAUCAUACUCUGUCAAUGCCAUCCUGACAUAGGGUACACGGGACGCUUAAGUUAUUGACUUAUUCUCGCGCGCCUCAAUUUCACCGAAUUUACUUUAUCGACAGUCGCUCCUAUGAUUGACUAUCGAAUUCAUUGCAUCUGCAUUUGAAUACCAAUGAAAUAUAUUUUACAUGUAUAUAUAUGUAAUUUUUCUUCUCUAAAUUUUGACUUUUAUUAAUCAUAUUUUUCGACUAACCCUAUUCAGAGGAGACGAUAUUUUUUUUCACCUUUUACAAAUAACUAACGAAAUUUUUUUUACAUUGAGAGAAACAUUAUUUUUAUCCAUUAGACUGAGAAUCAAAAAUUUUUUUUUCUAAUCAAUAACAAACUUUUUCUUCCACUAUAAAAUUUUUUACGAUUUUAAAAAUUUUUAUCGAUAAAAUUGCUUUUCACAUACUUAUUUCAGUUUAAAAAAAAAAUUUAAAUCCCUUUGUCUGACUUACAUUGUCUUUUACUACCGAAUAUUAAACUGUCAAGAACUAAAAAAAAAAAGUUCUGUCUGACCGGAUUUUACUACUCAAGAUAAAAUCUCAACAAUUUGGAAUGUCAUUUUUCUUAAAUCUCUUGUUUGAUAAAAACUGUCCUUUUCUACUAAUAUGUAUAAAAUAUUUUACGAUUUUAAAAAAAGUUCUGUCUGACUAAAAUUACUUUUACUCAUAUUU